UUCAUAAUCACGCGUUACUAUAGCAACUAAAUCAAUAAUGGUGGAAUUUGUUUGCCAUAUUCAGAUAGUUGGGAACUUAAGGUCUAUUGACUAUCACAAAGCUGAAUAUGUAGCUGAUUUACUGGUAAGUGGUUAUCCUAAGAGAUUCAGUAAGGGGGCCAGUCAAGGGUUUAUGGAGUUUCAGUGGAGAGAAUACAAAGACAAACUGAGCAAGCUUAGUGAUGGAAGCAAUGUUGAAGAGAAGCUGGUCCUCAAUACAAUGGGAGAGGCAGCAAUAUUUAGUAAUGGAGAGCUGAGAUGGAACACAGCAACCUUCUCCAACUGGGCAGAAAUUGAAUACUUGCCUGCUAUACAGGAAGCUAUGCAAUCAAUUGACUUCCCUGAUAAAGCCUUCCAAGCAUAUUCUCAAUAUAUUUCUAAUGAGAAGUAUAGCUAUGUAUUCAUGGAAUUCAGUCAUGCUGGCAAGCCUCUUGGUCAAAUCUCAUUUGAACUAUUCAGAGAACUAUGCCCAAAGACAACACAGAACUUUGUCUGUUUAUGUACUGGAGAAAAGGGAGCAAUAGAAGAGGAAGACUCAGCCAUCAUUAACCUAACAUACUCAAUGUCACUGAUACACCGUGUGGUACCCAAUGGCUGGAUACAAGGAGGAGAUAUAUGUGGUGGCAAUGGUGAUGGAGGCUAUUCAAUAUAUGGGCGCAACUUUGCAGACGAGUGCUUUGCUGUUAAGCACAACAGUAAAGGGAUCCUAGGGAUGGUCAAUCAUGGAAGAAAUACGAAUAAUAGUCAAUUCUACAUCACAUUAGCACCAGCAGAAUGGAUGAAUAAUAGAUACAUGGCAUUUGGUCGUGUUAUAGAAGGAAUUGAUACUCUAGAGGCUAUAAGUAACAUAAAGACGUUCAAUGAUAGGCCACAGGAUCAGUGUAUUGUAACACAUUGUGGAAUAUUAACUGUACAAUGAACUAAUAUUGAUAGCAAAAUUGUACUCCUACUACAUUCUUCACAUUAAUUUUAUUAUUAUUGUUAUUAUUAUUAUUAACAUAAACUUGGAACAUGUUAUAAAGGCGACUGUAAUUU